GUGUUACUGUUAGUUAUACUCGGUAGUUCUCGGGGUACAGUUUUGCGGAUUUUUUAGUUAAAAAAUAUUUAAAAAAUGUGUCUCGCUGCGUUUGUGGUGAAAUAUGUGCUGUUUUUCGCAAAUGCAAUAUUUGCCAUAGCCGGGCUAGCACUGGUCGGCGUGGGCAUAGCAGUGCUGGUGCAGUUCGGGGACCUGGUGGAGGUGGUGCCGGCGGCCAUCAACUCCAUCCCCAUCGCCGUGCUGGUGGUGGGCGCGGUCGUGUUCCUCAUCGCUGUCUUCGGGUGCUGCGGCGCCAUCAGGGAGUCUAGAUGUCUGCUUAUCAUGUACGCCGUAUGCAUGAUGAUCCUGGCAGCGGUGAAGAUCUACCUGGCGGUGGUGAUCUUCCAGAACCUGAGCGACAUCUACAACGUGGUCGAGGGCUGGAUUCGCGACGCCUUCAACAACCCCAACUUGAGGGAGGCUUUCCACGUCGUUGAGGCUGCUUUCCAAUGCUGCGGCGUGAGCGGUCCCAGCUCGUACGACGGCGUGUACCCGGCGCUACCGCCGACGUGCUGCGCGAGCGCCGACGCGGGCACGUGCGCCGCCGCCGACGCGUUCGGCGGGUGCGCCAACAUCGUCGCCGCCUGGUUCAACACGUUUGGCGAUGCCGUCGGCAUCGUGCUCAUCAUUGUCAUCGUCGUUGAGUUGGUGGCCAUGAUCUUUGGACUGUUCCUCUCGAAUAGAAUCACGAAUAAGAAGCGCGCGUUCUAAUCAAAUUAGUUUAAGAUUACAUUCUAAGGGAGUUAAGAAAAAAUAUAAGGUAUAUAUUUCUGACUUGUUUAA